AUGGGGUGCAACAACUCCACGCUCAUCAAAAAGGCGAAGUCGUACGUCAUGAAAGAGAAAGCGAGCGUCGACGACAUGCCGGACAUCCUCGCCAAGCUCAUCGCCGCGAAGAGCAGCAAGAACGUCAAGGCCGCGCUCAAGACGCUGAUGGAGGUGGCCCCGAACGAGCUCGCCGCGCAGCAGGUGGCGCGAGCGGUCAAGGUGAUACCGAAGCUCCAGGCGUGGGUCGUCAAGGCGAAAGAUAACGACGUGAAGCGGAUGUCCCUGACCGUCUGCAGCGCGCUCAGCGCGUUCAGCGUCUGCGCGGCCGAGAUUUGCACCGAGGAGUUCCUGAAGACGGUGCAGUCGAUGGGCCGAGGGAAGGACAAGAGCUUUCAGAAGGACGUCGCGAAGUUUUGGUCGCAAGCCGGCGGCGACCCCGUCGUCCGCGGUCGCAUCUUCGACCUCGGCGUAAACGAACAGAUAUGGAACUACGUCAAGAGCAAAGACCACGCGGUCGCCAAGUUGGGCAUGAUCGCAUUCGCGAAGAUCGCGGACGACGCGCAGAGCGCGGCGAAGCUCGUAGACGUCGGCGCGAGGCUCGACGAGACGGUGAAAUUUUUCUUCGCGCGGCUGGCCAAGACGGACGAGACGGACGUGGAGAAGUGGUGCCUCAUAACCAUCGCGCGGUUGUCGUUGGCGGACGCGUUCAGCGAGAAGAUCGCGCGCAUGGAGAAGCUGCCCAUGAUAUUCACGAAAGCGAACGACACGAUCGCGGGGCGGAAGCUCCCGUCCGCGUUGUGCAUCGCCAACUGCGCGUCGAAUAAGCUCUUGCGCGUGCGGCUCGUGAAGCACAAGGCGUUCCAGCUGUUCGUGGACAUGAGCAAGGUGUCGUCCGCCGCGCGCUCGGACAUGGCGGAGUACCAGCGCGUCGCGGCGUUGGGGUUGAAGAAUUUGAGCGCGAGUUUCGACUUGAGGGCGCUCGCGGCCAAAGUGGGCGUGUUGGAAGCCGUGGUGAAGAUGUUGCGGUCGAAAGAUUUAGAGGUGGCUCGGUACGCCGCGCGCGCGGCGUCCGAGCUCUCCCUCCACGAAGAGAACGGCCGACGGAUGGUCUUAGCCGGGGCGUUGAAACCGCUGAUCGACAUGGCGAAGAGCGGCGACGCGUACUGCGAGAACGAGGCCUGCACCGCGCUCAACGCGAUGUCGCUCUCGGAGGAUAACCAGAAGCAGUUCAUGAAGGAGGGCGGGCUGGCGGCGAUCGAGGUCAUGACGUUGUCGAAGAACCCGCGCGUGAAGCACUUCUCCACGAAACUCGUGUCGCGGAUGCGGCUGACGAAGCUGCGCACCGCGGCGCGGUUCGCGGGGCAGAUGGCGCAGACGCAGAAGGAGCUCGAGCGGAAGGCGAGGAUAGAAAAGUACGGGUACGACGACCAGGAGAUCGCCGAAGCCGCGGGCGCGGGGUGA